AUGUCGCGCUUGCCAAUCGAACUUCGCUUUGAGGGCUCCCGAACGUUCUCCGCGCGAAUGUGGAAAAUACCUGGUGUCGAUGGCCCCUUUACAGCCUUGCAAGCCGCUGAGCAUGAUUUCACCAUUUCGUCAAACUCCGUGUUCAUCAACCAUUACACGGGCUACAACAGGACAGCGGUCAGGCUUGACGAGGCGCAAAGAUGGGGAUUUAUUGAAGAUUCGCGCCUCAUCUUCGCGCGUGCGAGAGCAUCAAACGGCCAGCUGUUCUGCCUAAGGUUCAUUUUCCAUGCAGACCUGGUGGCGCGCAAAGGGGACCCGACGCGGAAUCAGCGAUUCAUACGUGCGCUCAUUGACGACGCCAAGUUUUAUCUCGAGAAUCUUCGAAUGGUGGCGGGGGUGCUGGUACCACAGAACUACGGCAUGUGGGUUAUGGACACGGGUGAUUGGGCGGGGAAAGUGCUGUUCGGCCUCACGGAGUAG